AUGAACCACACUUCCCUUGCUGUGUCAGAGUUUGUGUUGAAGUGUGAAAUGGACACUCAGCAGAAGAGCUACACAACUCCUGUCCUCACAAUGGUCUAUUUGGUGACACUCUUUGGGAAUUUCCUGGUAAUUCUAGUCAUAAAGAUGAAUCAUCAUUUGCAAACGCCCAUGUACCUUUACAUUGCUGCCUUGGCAACACUUGAUCUGCUUAACAGCACCAGCAUCGCUCCAACAAUAAUAGCUGCUCUUUUAGACAUCUCACCCGUACAGUCCGGGCUUUGUUUAUUUCAGAUGAUCUUGGUCUUGUAUUUGGAAGCAGUGGAAUCCCUCCUCUUGGCGCUUAUGGCGUGUGAUCGCUAUGUGGCUAUCGUUCACCCGCUUAGAUAUUCCUCACUUGUUACAAAUAAAACUGUUGGGGUUGCCCUUAUGUUGCUAAACAUCAUUCCAGCAAUAUUUAUGCUGCCCUUUAUUGUUUUUGUGACAGAGUUUUCCCUUUGUUACACAAAUGUUCUGAACUACUGCUUCUGUGACUACGUUUCUUUGGUUAAAAUCGCUUGCAACGUCGAACGUAAGCACUUAAAUGUUUUUGUCCCUACCUACAUUGCAUUUGGUGUUGGUCCCCUUGUUGUAAUUAUAAUGUCCUAUUUCAGGAUCGCGUAUGCCGCCCUAAAAAUCUCAUCUGCUGAUGGACGGACGAAAGCUUUUAAUACCGUGACUACUCACCUGCUAGUGGUGGGCCUCUUCAAUAUCCCAAUUUCAACCUCUUAUGCUCUAACAGGAAUUGGAGUGAAGUUGUCAGCUGAAGCCUACAACACCAUGAUCAUUGUGGGGAACAUUGUUCCUCCAAUGCUUAACCCAAUAAUAUAUAGCUUCCGAAACAAAAAGAUAAAGAGUAGUAUUCACAAACUGUUUACUGGAGUAAAAACAACCCCAGAAAGUAGACGACAUUAA